CGAUCCAUAUAAACCCUGACCUAUAUUCAUCCUUCCACAUAACUCUCCACUCUCCACUUGGUUUUCCGUUGUAGCCACUUCCUAUCCUUGGUGUUUUUCAUAGCCAAAUUAAUGACAACAACUACAAGCAGGAUAGCAGGGAAGGUAGCCUUGAUAACAGGUGCUGCAAGCGGAAUUGGGGAGUGUACUGCGAAACUCUUCGCUGAACAUGGAGCGAAAGUAGUCAUCGCAGACAUUCAAGACCAACUUGGUCAAUCGGUUUGUGAGAAAAUUGGCACAUCAAACUCGAUAUAUGUCCAUUGUGAUGUAACCAACGAAGAAGAUGUCAAAAACGCAGUAGAUACUGCAGUUUCCACUUAUGGAAAACUUGACAUCAUGUUUUGUAAUGCUGGGAUAGCAGAUGAUCCUAACAAACCAGGAAUCAUGAACACUGAAAAAACAGACUUCGAGCAAGUGAUUAGUGUCAAUAUCACAGGCGUCUUUCUAGGCAUGAAACAUGCAGCUAGAGUAAUGGUUCCAAGGAAAAUGGGGUCAAUAAUAUCAACGGCUAGUGUUGCUUCAAGACUCGGUGGUGUAACCCCACAUGCUUACACUUGUACAAAGCAUGCUAUAGUGGGUUUGACAAAGAAUUUGGCUGUAGAGCUUGGACAAUUUGGCAUUCGAGUCAAUUGCCUUUCGCCUCAUGCAAUGGUCACACCACUAGCCACGAGUUUCUUUGGGUUUGAAGGAGAAGAGUUUGAGAAGUAUGUGAAUGAACGAGGAAACCUUAAGGGUGUGACGUUGAAAACAGAUGAUGUUGCUCAGGCAGCCCUGUUUCUAGCGAGUGAUGAAGCUAAAUAUAUUAGUGGACAUAAUCUGUUUAUUGAUGGUGGAUUUAGCAUCACUAAUCCAUCAUUGAACAUGAUUAAAUACCCUAGUUAGAAUCUUUGAAUUGGAAAUGUCAUAUUAUUAGUGUUAUUAGUGUGUAUGUAAUAAGACAAAGGUACAAUAUGCAAGGUCUUUUACAUUUGUACCAUAUAUAUAUUGUAUGAGUUUGUAAUGUAAAAUAAGUCGUUUUUAUUACUUCUUAGUUCUUAAAAAUAAUGACCUGAAUUU